AAAUGCCACAAAGCAUCACAUCAGACCCAGAAGCUCACGGUCGACAUCAAGAUGACUCAGCAGAUCUGCAAGACUUCACCAGAAGGAGACAUGGCCUCUGAUUCUAUGACGGUGGCGGCUCUUGGUCGACCUUUCACUCUUGGGAUGUUCUACGAUGCUGUCAAAGACGAACUGGUUCCAGGUGUCACACUGUGGGAUGUCAAAACUCUACAAGACAACAUCGUGGAGACUACGCAGCCCACCAGUGCGUUUCAGAUUUCUACCUCUGACACCACUGAAUCCAAGUCCUCAAUGCUGAAUAUUGAAGCUUCUCUGAAACUCAGUUUCAUGAGUGGACUGGUUGAAGUUGAAGGAUCUGCCAACUAUCUGAAUGAUCAGAAGCAGUUCAGGAAUCAGAGCAGAGUCACUUUUCAGUACAAAGCCACCACCAACUUCAAACAGCUGAACAUGGCGGCCAUCAGCAACCUGAACGAAGAGCAGCGAAGUGUUAUUGAGAGAGGUUCUGCCACACAUGUUGUCACCGGCGUCCUUUAUGGAGCCAACGCUUUCUUUGUGUUUGACACCAAGAAGGUAGAAGCUGAGAGCGUUCAGGAACUGGAGGGCAGCAUGCGAGCUUUGAUAAAGAAGAUUCCAUCUUUUGAUGUUGAUGGGAAAGUUGACAUUCACUUGACAGAGGAAGAAAAAGCCCUGGCUCAACAAUUCUCUUGUAAAUUCUUCGGAGACUUUAUUCUUGAAAGCAACCCUUCAACAUUCAAAGAGGCAGUGAAAGCUUAUGCAGGGCUGCCAACGCUGGUGAGACAAAACUCUGUUCCACUGACGGUCUGGCUGAUGCCGCUGAAGAUUCUGGAACCGAAAGCUCCUGAGCUGAUAAAUGACAUCAGUGCUGGGUUGCUGAUAAAAAUUGAAGACGUCCUGGAUGAUCUGAAAAGGAUGGAAACGAGAUGCAACGACUCCCUGACUGACCAAGUGGUGGAAGACUUUCCACAGCUUCGAGAUGGGUUGACACGUUUCCAAAAGCUGUGUAAGUAUUACUCAACUGAACUCCAGAAGAAAGUGGCGAAGAAACUUCCCUCCAUCCGUGAAGGCAAAGAGGACGAGAGCUCGCUGAGAGACGUCUUUAACAACAGAGCAACGUCCCCGUUCAGCCAUGACGAACUAAGCAAGUGGAUGCACUGCAAAGAGAGAGAAGUCAACGUGGUCUUGGCCUGUGUGGAGAGGGUGAAGGGAAAGGAAGUGCAGAUCGUCGCAGAUCAGUCAGAGCUGGAAAGAGAGCUCUUCAAACCUGAAGCAAAACACAGUAGGUGCUUUGUUUUCACCUCUCUGGAAAUUGCUGACCCCUGCCUGGACGCCAUGAAAAACUACUUGGAUGGAUGUGAGUCAGGAAGCGUCGCUGCAGAGCCGACGUACAUCUCAGAUCACGUUUUAGAUGAAAUGAGAAACACUGCUGAUGACUUUAAAAAGAUGCGCUCGUACAAGGAAUCAGCUGGUUAUAAAUACUUUAUAGCAGCCAUCGUAGACAAGAAGCACCCAGGAGCAUCCAUCUGCACAUACCACAACGGCAUUUUGAUCAAUGUUGGUACAUAGUUUUAAAAGAUCAGUAGUUGAAGGAAGGGUUUAGCUUUUUGAAUCCUUCUGGCCAAUUUUUAACCAAAUUGGGAACAAAAGUUCUCUUUUUGGACAAUUUCUGACCUGAUUUGGAAGAAAUUUUAUUUCCUCUCCUUUUUUUUUUUUUUUUUAAUGAAGCUAUUUUAAACAAAUGUUGAGGUUUUUUGGCCUUUACCAAAAAAAACACCAAAAACCACCAAAAACCAUCACAACAAGCGAGUUUAAAUAAUUAUGGGCAAGUUUUUGUAUUUUUUUUUCUCUCUUUUUUUGGCCCAAUUGUUCAUUCAUUUUGGGGCAUUUUGGACAAGUUUUACAUAAUUUGGGACAAAUUUUGAGGCAUUUUGGAGACUUUUUAAUCAUUUUAUAACUGUUCUUGAAUAAUCUGAAUAAACUUUGAGUCACUUUGGACAAAAUAUGAGUUCUGUUGGACAGUUUUUUAUGUGACUUGGAAUAAAAUUUAAUGGUCUUUUGAACAAAUUUUAGACUAAUUUUGAGGCAUUUUGACCAGACUUGGAGUCAUCUUGGACCCAGUUUGAGUCCUUUUGGACAAUAUUUGUCGGUCAUUUUGGACGCUGUUAAGUCAUUUGGACAAAUAUUACCUCAAUAUUUAUCCAUUUUCAAUCAUUUUGGAUCAUUUUGGACAAUACUUAACCUAAUUCCACCACUGUGAAGUCUCACACUCAGAUUUUUCAGAAUGGAGAUGCAGACAUGGAGAUAUGUUGUGUUGUGUUGACAGAAUAUAAUCGUUUGUUUUUUUGGCACAUUUUUAAAUGGAAAAUGCAUCAUCGAGUGAUUUGGGUGAAAUAUUGUGAUUUUACACUCAAGAUUGUGGGUUUUGUUUUUAUUUUUGAGAAGCUGGUUUUGAGUUGUGUUUUUUUUUUUUUUUUGGCAGAAUAUAAUCAUUGCUAACAGCCUGUUUGUAUCACGCUUUAAAAUGGAAAAUGAACAAUAGGAGUGGUUUUGGUGAAAUAUUGUGAUUUGAAGCUCAAGAUCUUGUGGUUUG